AUGACCAUAACCGGCCUCACCUCGGAGCAGCUGUCCUUUUGGGAGGAGAAUGGAUACCUAAUCAUCCCAGAUGCGAUAUCACAAGAAGUGGUGAAGGAGCUUGUGGAUGAGACGGCGAAGCUUCUGAAUGAGUUCCCACUGGAGGGCCACCCCAUGACGAAGUUCACCACUGGCGACGGCGACAAGCACAUUGGCGAUGACUACUUCCUCAACAGCAACGACAAAGUGCGUUUUUUCUUCGAAAAAGGUGCCUUCUCCUCCGCCGGCGAACUCAUCAAGCCCAAAGCCAAAGCUAUCAACAAGAUUGGUCAUGCCCUACACACAAACUCCCCCCUAUUCGCAAAGAUGACAAUGACACCGCUCAACCGGUCGAUCGCAAAGUCCCUCGGCUUCCGCGAUCCCAAUGUCAUGCAGUCCAUGAUUAUUUGCAAGCAGCCAGAGAUUGGCGGCGCGGUGUUGUCCCACCAAGACUCGACGUUCUUAUACACUGAUCCGCCGAGCGCCAUCGGAUUCUGGUAUGCGCUCGAGGACACGACACCGGAGAAUGGUUGCUUGAGUUUUGUGCCGGGGAGUCAUAAGUGGGCGCCGAUCAAGAAGCGACUAGUGAGGCUACCGGAGGGUGGAACGGGAUUUGAGGACUUGAAGGAGGGACAGGCGAAUGGAGUCCGGGAGAAGGGGGGCGUGGAAAGGGAGGGCGAGGGCGACGGAUUUGUAUUGGGACCAGUAAAGAAGGGCAGUUUGGUUUUGAUUCAUGGGAAUGUUCUGCAUCAAAGCGAAAAGAAUCUGAGCCCCAAUUCGAGGUGGAUUUAUACUUUCCAUGUUAUUGAGGGAGAGUAUCCGUACGACGAGAGGAAUUGGUUGCAGCCGCCGGAGGGUGGAUUUUCGAGGUUGAAUGAUGUCGAACUAGCUUAG